AUGGCUGACAACGGAGUUUUUCAACCCACUCAGGCCGAAUUCAUGGCCCAGAUGACUGAAUUACAGGCAGAGGUGAAAAAACUUUCCGAAUUAUCCACCCAGAAUAAUGUCAACAAGCAGGAGGACAGUGGAUGCAAAGGGAAAGGCAACACGAACAUGUUGAGCGUCGACCCACCAAAGGAGAAACUGACCUUGGACAACCAUUUUUCUGAGGAGAUUACCAAUUACCAAAUGCCAAAACAUUUUACAUUACCUUCCUCACUCAAGCUAUAUAAGGGGAUUGGUGACCCCCGGGCUCACAUUAAGAAAUUUCAGUCUAUGAUGUUCUUUAAUGGACCUAACAAUGAACCUGUUCUUUGCAGGGCCUUCCCUACUUACCUCGACGGCACAGCCCUCCUUUGGUUUUCAAAACUGCCUGAAGGAUCAAUUUCUUCCUUCGAGGAAUUGGCAAGAUCCUUCAUAGACUACUUUGCGGUAGCACGGAUUUAUGUGCACGGAUCAGAUUACCUCGGCACUAUCUGCGAAGGUCCCCAAGAAAGCUUAAAGGACUACUUAACCAGAUUCGCAGAUGCAACAAUGGAGAUACCCGAUCUAGAUCCCGCUGUCUAUCUUCACGCCAUAAAAGCUAGCCUCAAGCCCAGAAAAUUCAGAGAAACAAUUGCCGUCACAAAACCGAAAACCUUGGAAGAAUUUCGAGAAAGGGCCGCCGGGCAAAUGGAGAUUGAAGAACUCUGUGAGGCCGAAAAAGCAGACAGAAGGCAACCCAAAAAGGAAGAGAGCCGAACAAUCAGGUCGGCAGACUACAAAGAUCCCAGAAAGACGUUUAAGCUUACCCCAAAGUUUGACAAUUACACCAGGUUCAACACAAAGAGAGAAAGAAUCAUCAAGGAAAUACUCAACGCCAAAAUCAUAAAACCUCCUGUCAGGGCAGGAAACUACCAAGACCAGCGAUUUGUGGACAAGACCAAGCAUUACGCUUUCCAUCAGAAAUAUGGUCACACAACCGACGAGUGCAUUAUAGCAAAAGACUUGCUAGAAAGGCUAGCCCGACAAGAACUCCUGGAUAAAUACAUCGAAGGCAGAAAGCAUAAAGAAAAUCGAACGGACCGAGAUGAACAUAACAAACCCCGAGAAACAAAGAAGACAACAAAUGGUUGA